UGGAUCCUAGAUAUGAUCAAGCAUAUGUAACAGGAGAGCAUAAAUUAGUAUAUGUUUGAGAAUUUGAGAUUAUUUGACAUAAGUUAGAGAUGGGUGUCAUAUAAUCAAAAGCUAUAAAUAAUACAAAGAAAUGAGAAUUAGCAAAGCAAAUAGAAAUGAGGGAGAGAAAUGUAUUUACCUUAGAAAGGGGAAGAGAAAAAACAGGAAAGAGAUAGGCCAUUUUGAAAACAAAGAAUUUGUUGUCAUGGCCUAUCUGUUACCUAAUGAAUCUCUCUUUUGACCCUUCAAUUUUGAUUCCAGUUGCAUGAUCAACAUUUCCAUGAUCUAAACAUAAAGAUAUAGACACCAAUAAAUCUGAGGAAAAUGGGUGCAUGUUGUUCAUGUCAAAUUGGAGUUGAAAGAGUUGAUGGGUACCCGGUUGGGAACCACAAAUUGGGAAAAAGAGAGAUUCAUGGUGACAGUGAUGUUGCCUAUGGAGACUAUGGGGCAAGAGUGAGGGUAAAAGGGUCCUCUAAAUAUGUGUCCAUGUUUUCUCAACAAGGUACAAAGGGAAAUAAUCAAGAUGCUAUGACAGUGUGGGAGAACUUUGUAGGUCAUAAAGAUGCAACAUUUUGUGGUGUGUUUGAUGGACAUGGUCCGGUAGGUCACAAAGUGGCACAGAAUGUGCGCGAUAAUUUACCCUCAAAGCUUUCAUCAACUUUGAAGCGAACCAUAAUCAAUGAUCUUAGCAGCAAUAACUCUGAUGUUAACGAUGUUCAACAUGAUCCUCUCUAUAAUUCGGUUAAGCAAAGUAUAAUUCAGUCCUUUAGAGGUAUGGAUGAGGAUCUUGACAUUCAUGAUGUAAUUGACACCUUUUCUAGUGGCACAACAGCAGUGACGGCGCUCAGAAAGGGUAGGCAUUUAUUGGUUGCAAACUUGGGGGAUUCUCGUGCAGUUCUUUGCACAAGAGACAACAAAGAUGAAAUGAUCCCUGUCCAACUCACCGUGGACUUGAAACCAAAUCUUCCAGGUGAAUUUGAGAGAAUUACGAAGUGUAAUGGUAGAGUUUUUGCAAGGGAAAAGGAAUCAAGUGUGCAUCGAGUAUGGUUGCCUGAUCAAGAUACUCCUGGCCUUGCCAUGGCAAGGGCUUUCGGAGAUUUUUGCUUGAAAGAUUUCGGGUUGAUAUCAGUUCCUGAAAUCUAUUACAGAAAGCUCACAGCAAAGGAUGAAUUCGUGGUCCUUGCAACAGAUGGAGUAUGGGAUGUACUAUCGAAUGAGGAUGUAAUUCGGAUAGUUUCCUCAGCGAGUAAGCGAUCCAUUGCAGCAAGAUUACUAGUGGCACACGCUGUUCGCGCAUGGAGGAUCAAAUACCCAAGAGCCAAAAUUGACGACUGUGCUGCUGUAUGCUUGUUCUUCAAACGUGAGGUACCUCAGUUUACCAGAUCUUCGUCGGAGAAGACUCAACUGAGUUUAAAUAAUUCAGAACUUAGUCCCAAUGCUGAACAUGGCGACUCGGCGACUGAGGAUGGACUUGAAACUGUAUUAGAUGUUGAAUUGCCAAGAAGAAGGGAACCGAAACCUCGUCAUCAUCUAGCACCUAUUCUUGAAGAAAAUUAUGCUACUCAGGGUUAUUAUGCUUCUGCAGAAACUCAUCAAGAUGGCCUCAAUCAUCGGAGACCAACAAGGGAUCAUUUCACUGAACAACUGGUUUAGUCUCUUUAAAUGUGAUCAAUGUGGAUAUGAGUAAACAUUAGAUUAGUGACACCCAUGUCUAUGAAGCUAAGAAAUGUUGUGUUCUACACCGUUAUAGUACCAGAAAAAACACACAGCACCAGGAGGGCUGCAACAAGGAAAAAGAUAAUUAGACCUUUUUGAGAAUAUAAAAUCAAUCGUUUUUUCCUUUUGUGAAGAACA